GCAACUUCAUGGCAAAAAGCUUCGCUGCGGUACCACUUAUAAAGUCGCUCUAAGACGUCCCAUACCCGCGUCCGAACACCCCCAGCCUCUGUACUGCUCCUCUCAUCGAUAGUCUGCCUCUUUUCAACCUUUACCCUAGACUGUCGGCACCAUGAGACCAGAGACUAGCCUCGCCUUGUUGGCGUUGGCUCAGAACGUGUACUCUGCCUCCAUCUCACCUUACCCCGUGCGCCUGGAGACACGUACGAACCUCAACUCGCGUGCGGCGAACGUUCAUGUCUCCUUUGACAAGCGUGUGGAGGGUACCGUUGGCUUCACCUACGGCUCAUGCCUUGACCAGAGGCAGACAAACUCGCACCAAGUCAUCGCACGUCAUACCCCCUCAGGCGUCAGCCACAGGCUUGUGUGGGUGAUACCGGAAAAUGCUGUUUCUGGAGGCUGCAUCUCGGCGUGGGACAGUACUGGUACUCUGGUAGGCAGAAGCGAGGCCCAGCAACUUGCGUCCCAGCGCAGCCGGAAGAGGGGGUUGGAGGAUUUCCACAGGCGCUCCGCUAUGAAGAAGCGCGGUGGCGAUGGUGGGUCUUCAGCGAUUCCCAUGGACAAGACUACAGGUAUUGAUCCCUGGGGCCCAUGGUUUGAUGGCGUCGAGCUGCUGGAGUCCAAGAACCACAGCUAUGUGGACGUCGAAGAGGCUAAGAGCAAGCACAUCGCCAUUGUUGGUGCUGGUAUGUCUGGUCUCAUGACCUUCUUGUCCUUGAGACAAGCAGGCUUCCAGAACUUGGAGAUCAUUGAGGCUGGUGAAAGGCUGGGUGGUCGAGUCCACACGACCUACCUGUCUGGAGGGCCAUUCGACUAUUCAUACCAAGAGAUGGGACCUAUGAGGUUCCCCAAGACUUGGAAGUCGUCGAAAAAUGAGACUUACAACAUCAACGACCACCAGCUUGUCUUUCAGUUAGCUGCGGAAAUGAACAAGCUCAACAACCACGCGGCAAACUGGAGUGUUGAUUUCAUACCUUGGUACCAAUCGAACCCCAAUGGUUUGUAUUACCAUGACGGAAUUACCCUGCCCAAUGGGUUGCCACCAACCAUCUCACAGAUUGCCGAGGACCCCUCCUUAACUAUUCAGAGAGAGAACCUGCCAUCGACCCAAGCACUGGAGGACCACAUUCAGGAGAUCACCACCUCGGAGGACAUCUACGCGGAACUGGCAACGAACAUGUUUAAAGCACACAGAGACUUCCUUGAAAGCGGCCUCGAUGGCCUUCCAGGCGACCAAUGGUCCGAGUUCGCUUACAUGGUCAACUACCUCAAAGCAAACCUGAACGACACCGACGUCGUGUCUGGUGGCUCCUACGCAGCUUCCUUCUGGGAUGACUUGUACGAGGGAGUGUACUUUGCUGCAGCUACCUGGGCCACAGUCGACGGAGGUCUGAGUCGGAUCCCCGCAUCGUUCCACCCGUUGGUGGACAAUUACACGACCAUGGGACGCAAGAUCGAGCGAGUCCAGUGGGACGAGGCGGCCCAGCAGGUGAACUUGCAGUGGCGUAAUAAUUACACCGACACUGUCUUUCAGAACGCGGCGUACGAUUACACCGUCGUCGCCGUACCUUUCAGCGUGGUUAAAAACUGGAGAUUACCGACUCUCAUGUCAACGACCAUGACCAAUGCCAUCAACAACAUGCCCUAUGGACAGGCCUGCAAGGUAGCACUGGAGUUCGAGACCCGCUUCUGGGAGCACCUUGACAACCCCAUUUAUGGUUCUUGCUCCACGUCGACGGAUAUCCCCGGGAUCGGCUCCAUCUGUUACCCGUCGUACAACAUCAACGGCACUGGCCCUGCAACCAUGCUUGGCAGCUACAUCAGCGACGGCGAAUGGGGCGAGCGGUGGGUUUCUCACACUGCGGACGAGCACGUACAAUAUGUGCUCCAAGCCAUGGCAGAGAUCCACGGCGAAGUGGUCAACGAGCAGUAUACCGGAAACUAUGACAGACGAUGUUGGACGCUGGACCCGCUGACUAGUGGAUCGUGGGCGAGCCCCCAUAUCGGCCAACACGAGCUUUACCUGCCCGAAUACUUCAAGACUCAUAACAACAUGAUCUUUGUCGGCGAACAUACCUCAUACACGCAUGCCUGGAUUGCAUCGGCUCUUGAGUCUGGAGUUCGUGGCAGUGUGCAGCUGAUGCUUGAGCUGGGCCUUGUGGACGAGGCAAAGGAUACCGUGGAGAAGUGGAUGGCUCGUUGGAUUGAGGUGUGAUUUCAUCUUGCAUAUACGUUUCCUCCGCUUCAUCAUGAAAAACGAGUGCCGUACCGUAGCGCUCGGCCAGGGAGGACGCCUAUACACCAGCCACCUACGAGUCUUAGCAUUGAAAGUUUAGUGGAUGAAUAAAAUGUAAUAAUCAUAAGCAUAUCUGUUAAUACCAACUUCUCCCCGAUGGUAGCGUAGGGAAACAGUCUAUGUCACUGCUGAUAUGAACAAGUUCAAUAAAUUGCGAAAGCAAGCUGAACAGGGCUGGCCUCACAAUUAAGACCGAGUCGCUCAUACAUGCGGGAGGAAGUCGAUCCAGCUCACCGUGAUAAAUACACCCCUAGGAAUCGCCCUUAGACUAAGAACGACUUCCAAAAUGAUAUAGAGUCGGGCAAUAAUAAGCCCAGCCGUAGAUAGCCACAGAAGCACUUCAAUCAAGGGAAGGCUCCUUGCCAGCCGCCUAAGGCCACCAUGUUGGUCUUCCUGCGGCUCUUCAUAAUCCGCAUUAACCCAGAAAUAGACGAGAUUAUAGCGGCCCCUAUAGCCGACGAGGGCCAGCAGGCGUGUGAUGGCGAUGGAGAGACACGAGGCUGCCGUCAGCGUCACGGCUGCGGCGCGCCACAGGUGCCGCUCGAUGUCCGUGGGGUACUCGAGAUCCCAGCCGAGAAGAUGGAUCGUCGAGUGAAGCAUGGACGGGAGUAUGAGGGAGAGGAGAAUCUUUGCCGGUAUUCUUGCUGGGGGUAGGGUGGCAUCGUCGGGUACGCGCUGGACUGGCUGUCUCCCUGUGGGGGUAUAUUCCUCAUCCUCGCUCGUCGACUUUUUCGCGCGCAGUGGAGCUUGUUUCGAUGGCCUUGGGAUGGUCGGGGUGUAGACCAAGGUUAGGUCGCUGUCCACUCUCUUGUAUUCGGCCUUCCCCUUUUCGAAUCCGUUGGAAGGAGAAACUGGGCUGAGGCCUGCUUCGCUACCCAGGCAUUUGCUUAUACCGUCCCGUUCUCCAAUUUCUUCCUGCAAUUUGUUCUCUUUGUCUGUAGUUUUCUCCCCUUGUUGACUGAUAUCGUUGCCGACGGGAGCCGUGGAGGUCCUCUCCGUCCGUCGUGGCCCAGCCUCCAAGUCGAAAUUUUGGAACAUGUCCCGGCGCCGCCACCUCCGACCUUCGCAUUCCACAAAAUCCAUCGGGGUCGAAGUCCAAUUCUCGUGGGCCAAUCCUGCAUCAGUCCUGAUCUUCGCUAUAAGGAAGGGGCAAUGGAUAACGGUCGGCGUGCUCACGUUCUGGGGCUUCCGCCACCAGAAGUAAUAGGACAUUGCUGUCGACACCACAAAGGCCAGAGUGAAUAGUUCCAGCGGGCUGAGCGGAAGUCCCUGAACCAGCCUCGCGAUGGUCUGUGCAAUGAGCCAAAAGCCCUGAAAUAUCGCAGCAAACUUCGCAAAAGAAUCAGCCUUGGACUUGUCCUUGAUUUCAUCCGCCGUCAUGUCUGGCAGGUCGAUAUAGCCUUUGGAAACGAGGAAGUACAACGAGGCAGCGUUAAUGGGAAACGCCGCGCAGUCGGGGCACUGGAGGAGGAAGCCACCGCUGUUCGCGUAGAAGGCAUGCUCAAGGCGCCAUCUCUCCCCGUUCUCCUCUGCCUGGGGCAACUGGCGCAUCGACGCCACCGACUUGGUCGCCGCGUCCCACUGCGAGGCGGCCAGCAGGGUCAGGAAGUCGGGGGCGAAGAUGGAUACGCAGCCCCAGCGGAAGCGCCUGAAGAGCACCCACCACCACGUCUCGCCGGCCGCGGGGAUGUUGAUGUGGACGACGGUCCAUAUGGCCGCGAUGAGCACCACGAGGCAGCCAUAGACGAUGUCCAUUGUGCCCCGCGUGUUGGGCCCGUAUACGAAGCCGACCGUAUCGUUGUUGCGCCCGUUGAACCCGAUGGCACCCAGGGCGUCGAGCUCGGGGGGUGUUGAGUUGUCGGCCAUUGUCGUCUCGUGGUGAUAGCCACGGGUCAGAUGCACACAGAUAGGAUAUCUGACCAUACAAACGGCGGACGAGCAGCUAAUAUUACAUCUUGUAAGAUAUCGGUCUUCGGCUGCCCACCCUCCCUUGCUUGUGGAUAGGCGCUUAGGGCGCUGAACUGAGCUGCAUAGGCUAGCUAUUGUUGGUGAUGUCUGCGUGA